AUGUACCGCCUCGAAUCCCGCGGCCACUUCAUCCUGCUCGUCGCCUACGUGGACGACCUUCUCUACACCGGGGACGACUCCGAGCUGCUCGAUCGCUUCGAGCGCGAGAUUCAGGAGAAGCUGGAGGUGACUAUCAACCACGACGUCACCCAAUUCCUCGGCCUCAACGUCACACAGAGCGCCGACUCUAUCCACCUCUCUGCCGCGAAGUACGCCGAGAGCCUCGGAAAGAAAUUCGACAUCGCCUCCAUCGGCAUUACCACCCCAUUCCGCAUUCCUCCUCCCAACCACGAGCCGGACACCACUCCGCUCUCCCCAGCAGAUCAUCGUCUCUACCAGCAGCAGCUCGGUUGCCUCCUGUUCGCCGCCGUCACAUGCCGCCCCGACCUCUCCUACGUCGCCAGCCAGCUCGCCCAGUACCUGCGCCGACCUGAAGGGGAGAACAUGGCAGAUCUUCGUCGAGCCCUACAGUACUUCAUUUCUACGCCCGACGUCGGCCUCACCUACAAGGCGAACCUAACGGCUAACCUGCAGCUUACUGGUUUCGUCGACGCAGAUCACGCGGGGGACGCAGAAAACAGAAGGUCCCGCACAGGCUUCAUUUUCAAACUUGAGCCUGCAGGAACCAUCUCCUAG